AUGGAGACGCCGGAUACAGAGGCCGUGCCACGAUACCUACUCAACAAGAUCAACUGCAAUCAGGAGGCGGUGAGAAGCGUCAAAUAUAAUGUGGACGGCAACUACGUGCUAACAUGCGGCGCCGACAAGACGGUCAAGCUGUGGAACCCGGUGACAGCCGCGCACGUCAACACAUAUAUGGGCAUUGGCAACGAGGUCCUUGAUGUGGCUUCUUCAUCGGACAACUCGCAACUCGCCGCUGGCGGCCAGGACAAAUGCGUGACGGUGAUCGACGUGGAGAGCGGGAAGACCGUACGCAAAUAUCGAAAUCAUGGAGCCAAAGUCAACGUGCUCUGCUACAACGAAGAGUCGAACAUUCUCUUCUCCGGCUCGAUGGACACGACGGUUCACGCCCACGACGUGCGCACAAAGAACGAAAAGCCGAUUCAAAUCUUGAAUGAAGCGACCGAUUCCGUGCUCUCCAUCGACGUCAACGGGCACGACCUGGCAGUCGGAUCGGCAGACGGGCACUGUCGCCAUUACAGCAUACGGGACGGAGUGGUUCACGAAGAUUACCUCGGCGAAUCAGUGACGUCCGUCUCGUUUACCCCGGAUGGCAACUGCAUUCUCGCGACGACACUUGACAACAAUCUACGACUCAUGGACAAGCAGAGCGGCAAGAUGCUGGCAAAGUAUACGGGCCACCAAAAUCGGGACUACAUGCUCCGGUCCUGCAUCCUGUCGUCGGUGGCGCAGGUGGCCACCGGAAGCGAGGACGGACACGCGUAUAUUUACAAUUUAAUAGACCGAAAAGUGCUCUUCAAGCUGCCGCACAAGCACUCGGUCGUCCAUACUGUUGUCGCGCACCCGAAAUUGCAGCAAAUGGUAUCCGCGAGCUCGAACUACAUCUACGUGUGGACGAAUCAGAAGGUGGUUCAGGACGAA